GUUUAGAUCACGAACACAUGUAAAUUAAUUCUAAUACGUAAAUCUUAAACCCAUAGAUUCUAGAUUAACCUAGAAACAUGCGCAUUGUUAUUGAUAGACCUGUGGAAUGUAUUAUAAUCAUGUAUUCAGUUUAGGCGGCAGUAGUGACUGAAUGCCUCUCCAAACAAACCCGUUACUCAACCAGAAAAACAAAAACAAAAGCCUAACAAUGACUAGAAUCUCAAGCUUCUGUGAGUAAUUAAACAAAUAUCUUGAUGGAUCACAUCGUUUUUCGAGCAAACUCAGUUUUUUGGUGGAUCAGUUGAUGUUUGAGUCCAGAGCCUGUUUGUGUAUUCAUAUCCAAGGUUUAGCUAAUAAUACAGCAGAUUCUUCCUGAGGGAUUGAAGUAUAAGCUGGUGAUUGGUGGAAACCGCUCUUGUGCCUCGUGCCAACCAUCAACACAGUCAGUUGUGAUUUCCAGUCAUAGAAAGAAGAUUGCAAACGCUAUUCAACAUGAAAUCCCAUCGCAUUGCUGCUCUAACUAUUACAUUGGGAUUCUUUAUUAAUGGCAUUCUAUCCAAUGACUCAGACAACGAAGUUGAAGAUGAGUGUAUUUGGGAAGACAGAAGUUACACUGGCGACCAACCUCCGUCAGUACUGAACGCAAAAGCAGAAUGUAACAAGGGUAAAUUAAUCUGGCAUCACCCUUACGGUGGUUUGAGAGCUUCGUUUCAUCCCGGUGCUCACAUCAAAGGAGGKUUCAAGCUAUGUUUCAAAUGUAAAAACCCAGAAGUGACGAUMUUUCGCGAGGGAGUGAAUAGCAUGACGUUGUUGAAAGAGGGACAUGAUUCCAAGGCGAAAAGUCAUUACUGCUUGCACUCUUCAAAGAAACACAUUGUCUUGUACAUCGAGGCAACUAAACUACACCAGAAUAAAAUGACACUUGACUACACUAUCAAACCACUCAAGAAGAAAUUCUUACACAGAAAUAAAGCAUGCAAACCGUGCAGAUAUGACAGAUUAUUUCAUUUAAUCUGCAAAAGUGAUUUUGCAAUAACUGGGUACAUCAACUCCUCAGUCUUGAUCCCCAAAACACAUUACAAGCAAAUCGACUUUGUAGGGGAAAAACUCCUUCAACAAAAACACGAACUAUUUACAAAGUCUGAUCAAAAUCCUGGAUAUUACAUGGGAAAGCUACGAUUUCCCGUGGGAUGUGGCGGGAAAGGGAAACACAACCAGCUUCUAAUCACUGGAAARGGAUCGGUGGUCACGUGUUUUACCCAAGACAAACAUUUGAUUCGUCUUGUGAGCAAAUACUACGAACAUCUCUGCAUGAAAUGGUAAUACUUCAAAUAUGGACAAUAUAUGAUCGCUAGAUAAAUAAACAUUUCAAUAAACAUUUGCAGAUUUUAUUGAUAGAAUUGAUAUAAUUAACAUACAUGUUAUACUGAUACUGCUUAUGGAGAAUUCUUGUCGUGUUUUAUCUCUUUGGGCUUCCUGUGGCAGUAACCUCCAUAGGUUCCAUACCCCUCACGUCCUAGACGUCUAGCCGCACAACUACUUGGAUGUUUUUAACUAGCACGACCGCGAUCCUUCAAAAAGCAGUAAAAUGUAAAACAUGCAACACAAAUUGCAUGGAUAAGAGAACGAAAGCGAAAAAAACAAUCGAUUUAUCGUCCAACGACUAUACAAAGAAAGUUAAUAUAAAUUAAGUCAUCUAUGAAAUAUUUAGAGAACUAUGUAUUUUAACAUAUUAUUCAAGCUCUAAAGAACAUUGUAAAAUAGAAAAUAAAGAACCGAAAACAAUCA